GCAACAUUUGUGCCACGGAGUAAGCCUUGCGUGGACGGACUGCAUGGCGUCAGAACGAGACAUGACUCCGAAAAUAUGCCUGAUAAACCUCUUUUUAUUCUACAUUAUUACCACACAAAAUAUAUGUGUUGGUUUACGAUCAUCCAUGGCCCGGUAUGAGACGUUUUUCAACUCCGAGCAUCAAAUUGUUGACGGGCUUGACAAAUACAUUCGCCACGAAACCGAACGUUUGGAAAUCAUCAAAAAGUCGUCUGGCUAUGAAGAUGAAAUUCCCUUCGUAGAACAACGGAUCGAGACACUGACAAGCUUUUACAAACAAGCCAAGGCGAACGCCAGUGCUGUCAGUGACGACGCCCGAAAUCUUCGUAUACAACAUCCCACAUCCACACUUGUGGGCUUUAAGAACUUCGUCACCAACUGGACCCCGUUUCUUCACAAUGAGACUCUAUAUGGAUUUCGAUUUUUGGAAUUUUUGAACGUGACUAUGAAAGACAUCCCUGACCAAACUGACCUGGCCAACCACUUGGGCAACAUCAUCUACAUCCACCUGUUUUACAACCUGUCUGCUAGCGACAUCUUCGACGGUAACAUCAUGGGUCAGAAAGGUUCCCCCUUGACCGUGAUGGACGCUUAUGACCUUGCUCUAUUCGCCAAAGGAACUGACAAACCCAGACUAGCUCUGCAGUGGUUCCAGGUCACAUUGGAACAGUCCAAGAAGAUCGGUAAUAAGACCGACAUAAACAUACCGCUUUUGCUGACAGAAAUCGCCCUCUUACAUGGCCAGUUCGACGAUUGGGAUAAAGCCUACCCACUAGUAGAAGAAGCCUUUGCUUUGAACGAUACUGACGACGUGGUGUACAAACGCUUUGCGCGAGUAACCACAGAGAAUGUCCCCCGCUUUCGCAACUUUGAAGACAAGCCUCCCGUGUACUGGAAGAACUUCACAACAUUAUGCCAGGCAAAUGACACCUUCAAGCCGCCGUUGAAGUGGUUCCACCGAUGCCGUUACCGAUGCUCACCAAUUCCAUUCAAACGUUAUCGGGAAGAGAUCCUCAGCUUGUCCCCUUACGUAUCAGUGUUCCAUAACGUCAUCAGUGAUGACCUCAUCGAUGACAUCAAAACGAAAACAGCCAAAAAUCUGACGAAAGCUACGAAUUAUUAUUACCCCAAGCUUGAAGGCACUGAGAUCCUUGAGCACCACACCUCAGCCCGAGUGUUGACGAAGAUUGCUGGAGACAUUAGCGGCCUCAACGCCUCCUACAUCCCAGGCGAGGUGUCCAGCGGUGGUGCCCUCAGGGUUCUCAACUUUGGUCCCUGCGGGCUGGCGAAGCCUCACAACCACACGUCCAUGUAUGACGAGAGAAUGUUUCUAUCUGGAAAUAAAGUUGGAUUCGUUACGUUUUAUUUGACGGACGUGGAGAGCGGAGGAGCCACGGUCUUCUUGGACAUCGGACUGAGAUACCAGCCCAAGAAGGGUUCAGCGUUGCUAUGGUUCGUGGUCCAGCCGAACGGGGAUGACGAUGUGAGGUUGAACAAAGCUGAAUGUCCAAUGGCUGUUGGCGACAAGUGGAUUAUUGAGAAGGACAUCCACUCACACAUGAAUCAGGCUGCCCGACCCUGCGCCCUGAAGCUCAGAGGCAACCAGAUCGGCCUGGACAGAGCAGUCCACAGAUUCAGACACUGAUCAGACUUCUUGGUCCAGACACUUCUGCAUCUAGGUACAGACACUGCUAGAUCUAGGUCCAGGCAGUGCUGGAUGUAGGUUCAGACACUUCUGACCCAGGUUCAGACAUUGUUUGCUCUAGGAUCAGACUUCUGGCUCUAGGUCCAGACACUUCUGCAUCUAGGUACAGACACUGCUAGAUCUAGGUCCAGGCAGUGCUGGAUGUAGGUUCAGACACUUCUGACCCAGGUUCAGACAUUGUUUGCUCUAGGUUCAGACACUGCUGGCUCAAGUUUAUAUAGAUUCAGACUAAUAUUAAUAGAUUAUUAAUAGUUUUAUCUGUACUAGGACACAGACAUUUUGCUGGCCCAUAGAUAAUCUUCACAGCAUCCCUGAAUCACAUGGACAUUGUCGCUUAAAUUGGGAUCAGACUCUGACAAACUAGGUCUCGAUUCAUGCCCUUGACAACAUACUCAAGUAUAUAAUGGUCAUCGACAACAGUAAUGAUUACAAGAUAAGAGAUAAUUGCU